UCCUAUAGUGUGAUCCGAACACGCAGCACUCCUGAAAUUACUGGAUGACUCUGACCCGAAAUACGUUUCUUUAUUACCUUUAGAAAUAGUUUAUUUUCUUAGCAUUUCAGAAGAUUACAUCUUGUCAUUCAGUUUCCUGGACUUUUACUAAGUUACUUUUCUUUUUAAGCCUAAAAACCACUACUUCCUGCAUUGCUACAAAUCUUCCGGCACUGCUACAAAUACAAGUCUCCUGCUGAAGCGAUUGCUAAGAAGGUUCACCUAUCAUUUGAAAGAUGGAAAAUAAGUUCAAGAGAAUUGUUCUCCUGAAAGGUUUAUAUCCUAUCAGUGACUUUCAUUUUAGAACAGUAAAGUCUUUAAUGGCCAAAGAUUUAAACCUGAAAGGAACCAAGCAUGAAGAAUACGACAAAGUUAAAUUUGCUGACCUGAUGGCAGAAAAGUUCAAAAGUGAUGCAGGACUGGGAAAACUGAUAACAAUUUUCAAAGACAUACCAGAUCUUGAAGGCACUGCUGACAUUCUGAGAAAAGAGAAGGCAAAAGUAUCUGAUAAAAAGAAAUGCAAAAGAAAACCAAAAACUACAGAGAAAAGCAACAAGAAGAAGAAAUCCAGUACUGUUCAACAUGCACUCACCACACCUCAAGAUUCGCAAUCAGAAUCAGUGACGAAUUUGCCCUCCUCGAAGGAUACAUCUGAAAUCAGCAUGCAAGAGAGUGACGGUCCAACACAACCAAAGAAGAAAAAGGAAAAUCCAACCAAGAAAGCAGACAACUUAAAAAAAACCAAACCACAGCAGGAAACAAGCUUAAUGCCAGAAACUCCUGCUUCCACCACAGCUCUGCAGAGCCCUGUCAAGCCUGCACCCAACUACUCGAGCAGCACCUCAGCCCAGAAAAAGAAAAACACAGUCUCCAAAACAAAUAAAUCCAUAACGAUAGACACUGAUCUGGAAACAACCAACACACUUCCAGAUAGGAGCUGUCCUCAAACUCUUCUAAAGCCUUCAGUCAGUUCACUGAGCAGUCUCCUUACUCCCCAGGUAUGGCCAACACCACCCCACAGUCAGCAGUCUACUCAGAUGCCUUCAACAACACUAAAGACCCCUCAGCAGACUCCACAGAUACCUGCAUCCACAUCCUCUAGAAGUCUACAAAUGUCACAGACACCUUCAGUAACACCAUCUGGCAAUCUCUCUACUCCUGAGAGGGCUGCAACACUACCCAACCAAGUCCAGAUUGUUUUAAUGUCUCCAGAAAUAUCCAGUAAGCGUCAGACUCCACAGAUGCCUCUUGCAGCCCCCAGAAAUCUGAACACUGCUCAGAAGCCUACGAAAAUAUCAUUUACCAGUCUGAAGAUACCUCAGAGCACUCCAAAAUGCAAACCCAGCAAUACACAAACUCUUCCAAAGGCUACCAAAACACAGACCAGCAGACUGCAGACUACACAGGUCCCUCCAGAAAUAUCCACAUGUCUUCCGACUCUGCACAUGCCUCUACCGCCAUCCAGCAGUAUGCAGACUCCUCAGAAGGCUCCAAAAACACUACCCAGAAAUCUGCAAACCAUACAGAUCCUUCCAGCACCAGCCAGCAGUCUCCAGACUCCAGGGAUGCUUCCAGAAGCAAUAUCCAUCAGUUACUCAACCAUGAAACCAAGGCUGAAGUGUGUGCCCAGUGAGCCUUCUGAAGAAACUGGUUACCAGCCGAACUGCAAAGAAGUAAUGGUGCUGAGAGUGACAGAACCAUUUAUCUAUAACUUUAAAGAACCAGAGAACAUGAUGCUUCAUGCCACUGUAGCUACAGAGAACGAAUUCUUCCGAGUGAAAGUGUUUGACAUGGCAGUUAAGGACAUGUUCAUCCCCAAAAAUGUCCUUUCUAUAUCACAUUAUCAUGGUCGAGAUGGAUUCCUGGAGAUAUACAAGUACUCAGCUGUGUCUAAUGUGAGUGCUGACCGAAGUUUGAACAUCUCUAGUACUCUGGUUCAGCGUGCGAACGCAACUCCUAAAAUCAGCCAGAUUUGCUUGCCAUGUAAAAGCAAAUAUGUGAAUGGUACAUUUACUGUGUGUAAGAAAACAGUGAAGGGAGAAUUCAUGUAUUAUGACAUAGAAGAUAAUACAGGAAAGAUGGAAGUUGUGGUCCAUGGAUGGUUGAGAAACAACUACUGUGAAGUAGGUGAUAAACUUAACCUCACUUGCUUUGAAGUGGCCUCAAGUGGGGGCAGCUGCCAGCUGAGAUCUGUACUCCACAGUCACCUCAAGGUCAACAAAACCAGGAAAGCCAAGAUGUAGCCACUCAAUUCUAACACAGAUGUGGAAAGUAUACAGAAGUACUGCAAACCUGAAUGCCAUUGAUCAUAAUAUUGCUGGAAAUAGGAUGCGUGUUUAGGAAGAAAAUAUAGGAUCCAAGUAUAGGAAGAAAGUAUGUAUAAAUACCAGCUCUUAGCUGGUCAUUGUGGUACAUGCCUAACAUCCAGAACUUUGAGAAGCUGAAGAGGAAGGAUUGAAAUUUGAAGCCCAGCCUAGGCAAUUUAUACACUUGGCAUAAUCUUGUCUCAAAAAUAUUUGUUGUA